AUGCCCAAGGUAAUUAAUGCGGUAUGAAAGGGGCAGCAGGAUGUGAAUGCAUGCGGGCAUUGACACAUGCGUGUGUGGGUGUGUGUGUUGGCACUGCAGGAUUCGAACAAACGCGGCGGCACAGGGCCGACGGGUCCCUACUCCAAAGCCAAGGUAGGUACCGCUGACAGGGAGAAGCCAGCCAGGCGUCAAAAGCAAGAAAGGGGAUGGCGGGCACGCAGCAGGUACGAUGGAUGCAUAUCCUAUAUCUCAGGAGCCGCGCAAGUCCCAGUACCAGUUGCGUGGCGGCCGCGGGAGCGACGAGGCGCUCCUCGGGGGCAUCGAGUCCGACCGUCGGGCAAGUCGGGUGGCCAAGGAGCUGCGGCAGCAGGUGCAGGAGCAGGCCCAGAAGGUGCUCAAGGAGUUGCAGCAGUUCAACGCCAAGGACCGUGACCUGGCGCUGGGCGAUGGGGCAGCCCGGCUCAAGUCCCUGGCGCCCGACCUCACCAACCAGGAGAUGC